ACCUGAUGCUGAAGAAAUUAAGUCUUCUUUUGGAGUUUGGAUUUAUGAAUUCAAUUCUGAUGAAGCGAAUGAAUUAAAAAAUCGAUUUUUAAAAGCUGAUGAAACAAUAGAUUAUGUUUCAAUCGUCGAGCAAAAACAUCCGGAUCACAUGUAUACAAGCAAACUAAUUAACACGCGGGAAAUUGAUCAAAAGUUGUCGGAAAUAGUAUUUGGUAGCAAAAAGGCAGAUAGCGUGUAA